AUGGAACCUUCUCACACAUCGUAUGAGAAUUCUAGUUAUAAGAAGGAGAGGUUACAGCGAGCCCCUUCCCGUUUCUACAUUUGGAGUAGUCGGUCUUCUUGUGCUCCUUAUCUUCGCAUUCGUGCCGAAAAUACGAUCGCGACGUGUUGGUGUCUAUAUCAUGCUUUCAAUUGUAAUUGCACUGUGGUCUGUGGCAUUCGCUGUUCUUUUUUCACCCAUCGGACUGAAAUCUGGACUCAUAUCUCUGGUCAUUACACUUUUGGUGGAAAUCCCAACAGUUGUAAUGGCUAUGCUCAUGCGACGAAUGAUUUUAGCGAUUGUGGGAAUCGCCUUGAACGUUCUUCAUGUCUACUCCAAGCAAGAUAUAUUUAUCAAUCUGGCAGCAGCUUUCUGUAUAUUAUUCAUAGUCUUUUUAUUGUUCACUUGUGUCGAUAA